AGCAAACGAGUUCAACGUUAUACACCGCAGCUACAAUGGCGCUCUCGUUGAAGGCUAAGUAAUCUCAAGCAGCUUGCAGCGAAGAGCGCAAGCACAUACUCUCCGUCCAAGCGCUUGCUAAGUUCAAUCUUGCAAUGACGGCAGUGAUUGACGUGGAUGUGCUGGUUCUAGCUUCCCUGAUUUGCAUUGUCUUAACAGCUUAAUCUUAAACCUUUGUCUGCCUCCAAAGAAAAGUGUUCCUGCCUCGCUACGUGGCAUGACGGGACCGCAUUUCGCAGACAUAAGUCUGACGAGUGAUCACGACUUACUAGCAUCCCGGUGACUAAUUUACCACCGCAUCGCUGCUGGUCCCUUCUAGGUUCGAAUUACGCCCGGUCAGCUGAACGAUGGCUCUAGGAACAAAGUCUCCACCUCCAGAUAACAGGAAUAAACCAUCACGAGCUUGCUUGCGUCUACCACGAGCACAAUGAUGAGCUCAGUCACGAGCGGCGCAAUACCAGUUCAACUUAUAACCUGCGCCAAGUGACCAUCUCGCCUCUUCUCAGCCUCGACCGAACAGCCAUGUCCACCGCCACCGAGACCGUCACGCAGACUACAGAGACGCUCGCGAGUCUGUCCUUGAACAAACCCAACGAGGGCGAGAAGAAGGAAGAGUACCGUUAUUCCCACCUGCUGCCUCACUUCGACCAUCAGCUUAAAUACCCGCCACUCGUUCCGUUCGAGCACGUCGACCCUGGCCUUCGUGCGCUCACGCACGCAGACCAGCGUGCGUUCCUAAACGGCGCCGAUAAGGUCGUACAGCUGACGCCGAACCUGGGCACCGAGGUGCGCGGUGUGAACCUGCUCAAGCUCGACAGUGAUGGCCGCGACCAACUUGCGCUCGAGGUCGCAAGGCGAGGGCUCGUCGUGUUCAGAGAUCAGAAGGAGUUUAUCGACGCAGGACCCGAGUCAUACCUCGAGUGGGGACGUUACUUUGGAAGGCUGCACAUCCAUCCCACGAGCGGCCACCCAAAGAACUAUCCCGAGUUCCACAUCGUAUACAAAGACGCAAGUUUUGACCUCGCCACCGUCUACGAAAACAGUAUCACCACGACCGUCUGGCACUCCGAUGUCUCGUACGAGCUCCAGCCCCCGGGCCUAACCACCUUCUUCCUGCUCGACGUCCCGACCACGGGCGGCGACACCCUCUUCACAUCGCAGGUGUCGACGCUGCGCCGACUCUCGCCGCCCUUCGUCGCGUUCCUGCGCACACUCAGCGCGGUGCACUCCGCCGUCGAGCAGGCCGCGCGCUCGCGUUCGCACACAGACGGGCAGGGCGGGGUGGUCAGACGCGAGCCAGUGGAACACGUGCAUCCGCUGGUCCGCAGGCACCCGGUCACCGGUGAGGAGGCGCUGUAUCUCAAUAAGGGAUUCACGAGGCGGAUUGUGGGGCUGAAGAAGGAGGAGUCAGAAACGCUGCUCGACUUUUUGUUCAGCCACAUCGCUGCAUCUGUAGAUCUGCAGGCCAGGGUGAAGUGGGAGCCCGGAACCGUUGUCCUGUGGGACAAUCGCAUCACCGCCCACUCUGCGGUCAUAGACUACGCCGAGUCCAAUCAGCGCCGCCACGGUCUACGCAUUGCGCCGCAGGCCGAGAGGCCGAUCCCUGCUCUGGAAGGUCUGCAGAUCCCGACAUUGUGAAGGAGGAGGAAUACCACAUGAUGUUGAGAAUGAUAGUGUAAGAUACAUGUAUGCAUAGAUGAUCGCUCUUGUACCAUUGAAAACUCAUGUCUUGUGCAGAUAGCUAACUUCCGGAUAGAAAUUAAGU